UUUUAAAAUCAACAACGCCCUAAGAUUUGGGUAAACAAGCCUUUAAAUUGUAUUCACCCAUGCAUGCCUUAGAGACAAGAAAAUUUCUGUUGGAGUAUUUAAGCGGCGUUGGUGACGGAAUGUUUGAUUAAUGAUAAAAUUGGCAUUUAUCGUAAUGUAGUACUUUACACCGUCUGACGCGAAGUACCAAAUACGAUUCGUGACAGUGUCGAGGAAAAGUCGAUGUAAGAUGGAAACGGUGGAUUUCGAUGACGAACAGACUCAUACUCAUUCCAUAAAAUUACCGGCGGCAGUCGAGGUGUUCGCAAAUUUAAAAAAUGCCCAAACUUUCGCAAUCGACAUCGGCUUAUCAUUGACAAAAAUAGCUUAUUAUUCAACAGUUAGUUAUCGUAAAGCACUGUAUGAAGAUGCAGGCUUAGGGAAUAGUGGUGAACGAGCAUACAAAGUUCACGAAGGGAAUAGACUUCACUUUGUUAAAUUUGAAACAAGAUACAUUGAAAACUGUUUGGAUUUUGUGGAAAAAAAUUUAGUGAAUGUUGAAAGGUUUCAUGGUAAAAGUAUUAAAGUAACUGGUGGUGGAGCAUACAAAUAUACUCCUUUACUACAGGAGAAAUUGGGCUUGAUAGUUGAUAAAGAAGACGAAAUAGCAUGUCUAAUAAAAGGUUGCAAUUUUUUACUCAAAAACAUACCAUGUGAAGCGUUUGAAUUUAAGAGACAUGGAAAUCCUGAAUAUGUAUUUCAAAAGGCUUGUACUAAUAUAUUUCCAUAUAUGUUAGUGAAUAUUGGUAGUGGUGUCAGUAUUCUAAAAGUAGAGUCUGACAAAGUAUUUGAAAGGGUUGGUGGUACAGCUACAGGAGGGGGAACAUUCUGGGGAUUAGGUUCCCUUCUUACAAAAAGAAAGGACUUUGAUGAAUUGCUGCAACUUGCAGAACGCGGAGAUCAUCGUAACGUUGAUAUGUUAGUGAAAGAUAUUUAUGGUGGCGAUUAUUCUUCCCAAGGAUUAUCAGGGGAGCUUAUUGCAUCUUCUUUUGGCAAGGCCAUGCCAUAUAUUAAUAAUAAAGGACAGCCAACAUUUUCCGAAGCAGACCUUGCCAGAAGUCUUUUGCUCACAAUAAGUAAUGACAUUGGACAAAUAGCUAGUCUAUAUGCAACUGUGCAUAAAAUGAGUAAAGUUUACUUUGGUGGUUAUUUUCUUCGAAAUCACCCUUUGUCAAUGCACACUAUUUCAUAUUCCAUCAAAUAUUGGUCUCACGGUAAAGUAAAGCCUCUUUUCCUUCGUCAUGAAGGCUACCUUGGUGCUAUUGGUGCCUUUUUAUAUGGUGCUGAACAGUCAGACAAAUAUAGUUGGUUGGAAAACUAUGCAGGCUCUUCAGGAUUUAAAGAUUCAAUACCAACCGACCUUGGAAUUAAAGUUGAUCAGUUGGAAAUUGAUCAGGCAGAAAAUGCUGUGACAUUUUGUCCCCUUUUAAAAGAUCCUGCAACUUACAAUCCUGACACAACAGAUCUUGCAGAGGACAAAGAAGCUAGAGACUAUUGGCUUCAGUGUUUUGAGGAAUCAGUGGAUAAAUUUAUUGCAAGAGCUAUCCACAGUCAACCACAUAGUCUAACUGCUAAAGAUAGAGCAACAAAACUUAAGGAGAAAUAUAUUAAUAGACUACAUUAUUUGCAUCUGCAACCAUUUGCGUAUGGAACACUCACUGUGAGGGUAUUACUGGAUACUAUUGAGCAUUGUAUGAAGGAAUUUGAUUUUCCCGAUCCUUAUUUGCACCAAAAAAAACUAGAGAACGAAGAAGCCUUAAAACACCUGAAAGAUCGUAUAAUUGCUCUGGACAAACUAGAAGGAAAAGAGAAAAUAAAAGCUCUUGUACUAGGAGUUGUGAGCGGUAAUAUGUUCGAUUGGGGCGCAAAAGCUGUCUCUACGUUAAUGGAAACAACAGACUUUGGUUUUGCCGAAGCUGAAGCAAAAAUACCGGGUAGACCGUGGUUGCAAGAUGAUUUAGAUGAUUGGAUAAAUAGAUUAGAAACUGGACCACCACAUAAAUGUGCAGCCAUCUUUGUUGACAACAGUGGAAUCGAUAUAGUGUUAGGAAUUUUACCUUUUGCACGGGAUUUGUUGCUUCGAGGGACAAAAGUUAUACUGUGCGCUAAUUCUAUGCCAGCUUUGAACGAUGUGACAUAUCCAGAAUUAGUCGUAACAUUACGAGAUGCAGCAAAAAUAUGCAGAGAUAUUAGACAUGCUCUAAAAGAAAAUCGAUUAAUGGCUAUGGAAACAGCUCAAGCAGGCCCCUGCCUUGAUUUGAGCCGAUUGAGUCUAGAUUUAUGCCUUGCGAUGGUAAAACACAAUGUUGAUCUUAUUGUACUUGAGGGAAUGGGCAGAACCCUUCAUACCAAUCUUUAUGCAAAGCUAACUUGCGAGUGUUUGAAGUUGGCAGUUGUUAAGAAUCGAUGGUUGGCGCUUCGAUUAGGUGGCGAUAUGUAUGCUGUAAUAUGUAAAUAUGAACGACCACCACCGAAAACGAAAAUUUAUGACAUAGAAAUAACAGCGGAAGAAUGCCCAUCAGAUUGUGUAGAGGCAGUGACGGACGUUUGUAUAUGCGACGAAAAAGACUAAAUAAUGAAUACCUAAGUAACUAUCCAAUUGUUCUUUGGAUCAAUGAUAUGUGCAAAAUUUGAAUUCGGUUAUAGGAACUGAAAAAAUUGUAGGUUAAAGUAUUUUUUAAUUUACAUUGAGCUAUGUAUAUAAAUAAAAUAAGAGAAAUUAACAGAAAAUUUCUUUCAAGUAUGAUUUAGAAUUUCAUAUAAGAAUAUACUCAAAAUACUUAAAAUACUUUAUACAAAAUUUAUUAUUACUUGCUUUCAACAAUGUAACUAUUAUAUGUAGAAUUUAAGAACGAUAAGAGAAGCAAGCUUGGUGGAUUACGUUAUGUAUUUUAUUCUCUAAUGAACGAACACAGCUUAUUAAGACGUUUUUACGUUUAUAGCGCGGAUCAGUAUAUUAGAGUGUUUAAUAUCGCGGAAUCAACCAAGUUUCAUAAUGUAGCCUAUACUUGUUACUCAAGUAUACAAAUUGGUAGUACCUACGUAAAACAUUAAUAAAUAACGACUAACACCUAGUCAAAGACAAUAAAUAUUAUUUUCUUUAUAGUUUGAAGAACUUAUUGUAAAUUAAAGAAAAAGUGAUUAUGACCAAUUGCAAUAGAUACAGACAUGUAUCAUAUAAUACUGUACAGUAUAUCUUCUGUGAUAACGUAGCGAUCAAGGAGAAAGUUACGCGUUUGUGUAAAUUGAAAUUUGAAAGAAUCUAAUAGAGUAAUGUGUACAAAAUUGAAGUGCCUUGAGAAAGGACGUUCUUGUUUUGAAACUUUUUGUAUAGGAAUCUCCUAUUAGUUCGUGCCAGAUAGGACAGUGUAGACUGAAAACUUGUUUUCAUAUAUUAACUUGGAACAGUCUGUUUUUUCUUUUUUUUUAUUUUAUAAUAUUUUUUUGACAAAUACAACACCAAAGUGUUGUUCAAUCUGACGCGAAGAGUCGAGUGUGCCGUUAAGAUAUUUACAAUUACAUUAUGUCUGUAAGGGAAAAAGAUUAUCAAUUCCCCAGAACAUUUUGUAGAAAAGAAGGAAACAAGUAAAUCGAAAAUGAAUAAAAUGUAAAAUAGAAAUUGUACAGCAUUAAUAAAGCAAGAAACUUGAGAUAAAUUGUUAUGUUAAAGCCAGAGACAAUGUCUGGAACAAAGACAAGAUAAUAAUUUGUUAAUAUUCAAUUUAAAUGGCACUCGUGCGUGAUAUACAAAUUGUUCCAUAAUGUGUAAAUAAAACAUGAACCAUUUGAGACUUAAUUGUAGGGUAUUUAAUGAUUAAGCGCAACGUUUUUUUAAAAAUUUGUAAUCUACAUUAAAAUUUACUCUGACGAACCUCGAUAUAAAUUUCGAAAGGAAAUUCUUAUUAAAUUGUAAUCACGGUCGUGCUUGUUGGCCAAAUAAAAAUGCAAUACAAGUUUUUCCCCGAAUAUACUAAGCUUUGCUGUAAUACAUAUUAAAACAUUAAUCUUCUACGAGUGUACAAUUAAAUACAAUUGUGUAAAUAAAACGCAACUAUAUUUUUUAGUAAUAAAUUUUAUACAACAUAAGUUCGUUUCGUUUAACGUUCGUAAUACCUUUUAUGGAUCGUGAAUUCGAAAAAUUUCAUUAGCGAUGACGA